GCGUGCGGCGGAGCUACGCUGUCACCGAUUCACUAAACGCUGCUCGUGUUUCAUUUUUCCCUGAGCCCAGCUCACCGCGGGACAACAGAGCUCUCCAGCUCAGACCCAACAUGGGUUAGAGAGAAAACGACCUAUGGAUUAUCCACUUUGUGCACUUCAGCGAGGAUGAUGGAGGGAGAAAUGGACUUGUUUUCACAGAGACAUCCUGACAAAGACGGGGACUGAGAGGGAGUAGAGAUCGGGAUUCGCUGCCUCUCUCUGUCUAGCUUCGCAUCUGCCUUUUUUAAAAACUAUUAUUUUCCCCCUUUUUCUUUAAUAGUAUUAUUAUUUUCCUGCGUGUGUGCGAGACAGAGAAAUGUUUGCAGAACUGCUGUGCGGCGCCGUGGCUGUGGUCCUGUAUGUCAACACUCUGGGCGCCGAUUUCUGCUACGAUGACAGCCGUGCAAUCAAGACCAAUCAGGACCUGCUUCCAGAGACCCCCUGGACAAAUAUCUUCUACGAUGACUUCUGGGGCACCUUACUCACGCACAGUGGCAGUCAUAAGUCUUACCGGCCCCUCUGCACCCUCUCCUUCCGCCUCAACCACGCUGUGGGUGGGCUGGAGCCCUGGGGUUACCACCUGGCUAAUGUGGUCUUCCACGGAGUCGUGACAGGCCUGUUUACCUCGCUGGCUCGCCUGCUGCUUGGAGGGGGUCUGUGGAGCCUGCUGGCUGGCCUCUUCUUUGCCUCUCACCCCAUCCACACAGAGGCGGUGGCGGGCGUCGUGGGCCGGGCUGAUGAAGGUGCCGCUCUGUUCUUCUUGCUGUCCCUGCUGUGUUACAUGCGUCACUGUAUGCUGCGGGACAACGCUGGGCCCUGGCGGCUCGUGGCCUGGUUCCUGGGCAGCCUGGGCUGCGCUGCCUGCAGCAUGCUGUGGAAGGAGCUUGGAGUGACCGUCCUGGCUGUCUCUGCGCUGUACGACGUCUGCGUUUUCCACAGGCUCAAAUUGCGACAGGUCAUCAUGCUCCUCUACAAGAGAAAGAACAUCCGCCUGCAGCUGAAUGUGUUUUUGCUGGCAGCCUGGGGAGCCGUCCUGUUAGCCUGCCGCUUCUACUGGAUGGGCAACAAACCGCCCAACUUCUCCAACUCUGACAACCCGGCAGCCGACUCCCCCUCGCUCCUCACCAGGAUGCUAACGUUUUUCUACCUGCCCGCCAUCAACUUCUGGCUCCUCCUUUGCCCGGACACGCUCAGCUUUGAUUGGUCAAUGGAUGCCCUGCCUUUAAUCAGAAGCCUGGCUGACUGGAGGAACUUUCAUACGUUAGUCUUCUACCUUGGACUGCUUUUGCUGGCUUGGUUUGGCCUGUGGACGCACCACACAGUGAAGGGCAAGGACACGAACGGCAAAGCGCAUCAUUACACCAAUGGCAGAAACGGAAGCAGUAAUGGACACAGUUACCAUUAUAACAAUCAUGAACAUAUGAACAAUUCCCACACGGGCGCUCACGUUAAUAGUGCACAGAAUGGUACCAAAAAGCACUAUGAGAGCAGGACUCCACUGCCCACCACUGAAAAUGUUGUGGUGUUCUCUUUAGGCCUGUUGGCUAUACCUUUCCUCCCUGCCACAAACCUGUUUUUCUAUGUAGGGUUUGUGAUAGCAGAAAGAGUACUGUACAUCCCCAGCAUGGGCUUUUGCCUGCUGGUGGCAGUGGGGAUGAGGUCCUUGUACGUUCGACUGCGACGCAGGUCCUUCAGGACAAUGUUGGUCUACUGCAGCGCUGCCCUGGUUCUUCUUUUUGGCGUCAAAACUGUUUUGAGGAAUCGGGACUGGCAGAGUGAGGAGAUGCUCUACAAGUCAGGGAUUUAUGUCAACCCUGCUAAGGCAUGGGGCAACCUUGGAAAUGUCCUGAAGAGCCAGGGCAAGAUGGAAGAGGCUGAACAGGCGUACAGAAAUGCCCUCUAUUACCGCAGCAACAUGGCUGACAUGCUGUAUAACCUUGGUUUGCUGCUACAGGAGAGCAACAAGUUCUCCGAGGCGCUCCACUACUAUAAGCUGGCCAUUGGGAGUCGGCCAACUCUGGCUUCGGCCUACUUGAACACAGGAAUCAUCCUUAUGAAUCAGGGUCGCCCAGAUGAAGCCAAGCGCACCUUCCUAACCUGCGCUGAUAUCCCAGAUGAGAACCUGAAGGACCCCCAUGCCCACAAGAGCUCAGUCACCAGCUGCUUGUACAACCUGGGCAAGCUGCUCCAUGAGCAGGGACAUCAGGAGGAGGCCCUCUCUGUGUUUAAAGAAGCAAUACAGAAAAUGCCAAGACAAUUUGCACCACAGAGCCUCUACAACAUGAUGGGAGAGGCCUACAUGAGACUGAACAAGCUGACUGAAGCUGAGCACUGGUACACAGAGUCCCUGCGAGUCAAGCCCGACCACAUCCCUGCACACCUCACCUAUGGCAAACUCCUGGCUAUGACGGGGCACAAAACAGAAGCGGAGAGGUACUUCCUGAAGGCCAUCCAACUUGAUCCCACUAAAGGCAACUGUUACAUGCACUAUGGUCAGUUUUUGUUGGAAGAGUCGCGGCUGCUGGAAGCGGCGGAGAUGGCAGAGAAAGCCGCGCGCCUCGACAGCGGGGAAUUUGAUGUGGUCUUCAGCGCAGCCCAUAUGCUCAGACAAGCCAGCCUAAAUGAGGCAGCCGAGAAGUACUACGGACAAGCAGCGAGCCUGAGACCUAAUUAUCCUGCAGCUUUGAUGAACCUGGGAGCGAUCCUCCACCUCAACGGGAAGCUGCAAGAAGCUGAAGCCAAUUACCUCCGAGCGCUUCAGCUGAAACCGGAUGACACCAUCACCCAGUCCAACUUGCGUAAGCUGUGGAACAUCAUGGAGAAACAGGGCCUGAGGACCACAAGCCCCUGAGCUGUGCCUGCCCUCCUACAGUACCUGCCAUCUGUACACCAGACCUGGAGGAAAGGACAGCCCAUGCACUCCUUAUCCGCUCUUCUCAUCCAGGAGAGAUGGAGGAGACUCAGGGAGGAUGUUUGCUCAGUGAGGCCGUGACUGUGCCGCGCAGCCCCCCGAAUGACUCCUGAGCUCUGCAUACACCUCAGGCCAGCAGCUUUCCUCAGAAGCAUUGCUCACAGUUUGGCUGGCGCUACACAGUAUUUGGACUCCUUAGAACUUUCUUCAAAAUUAGUGCUCUCACAGGAACUUUUUUUGGGGGGGGCGGGGUUGUUUUUUUUUCUUUUACAACUAGAGCACUUGAGCUUGAAGUGAGACCAUAGGUACAUCUUUCAACAUUUGUGAUGAAUUAAGUUUCUUAAAUAAGCAAUUGUAGUUCAAAAGGGCGAAAUUUGUCCCUGAGCAGUGCAAGAUAAAACAUUAAAGAGAAAGAUCUCAGAGCACUGCACUGAGGGUAUUUUCCAUUACCAUUUAAUAAAGUUCAUGGUUUAAUCAGAUGUUCCAUCUUGAUAACAAAGUAAAUAAGAUAAUAGAACUGAAGAACUGGACACCAUUCAAAGUCUCCAAAUUAAUGUUAAUCAAGUUUAUACCAGUAAAAACCCAAGUCUGUGCAUUUUCUUUUCACAUCCUCAGUAGGUUUGUUUUGAUUAUGAGACACUUCAUAAUGAAGGUAUGAAAAUUCGCACCAUUAUUGUAAAACCAUUUGCAGCAGAUGUCCUGACAUUUGGUGAAAACUUGAAAAAAGGGAAUUUGAUUUGUUAGCCAUUACAGCACAACAGUAGCCUCCAAAAGCUCCACACAGGCUGGAUUUUGCCAAAUGCAGCAUGUUUUGGCUAGAAAACUCAAAAAGCAAUGGAAGUGGGACUCCUAUCACAUUGUAAUGCCUUAUAAUAAAAGGUGUGAAUCUUCUUUAACAGUGUUCAGUAGCUUUGGGCUGGCGUUCUUACCACUACUGCAUCUUGUAUUUCACUGUUAAAGAAGCCAAGUCGCCAUGGUAACUUGUUUGUCGACAACAUUAAGAAGCUAUAAAUGGAAUUAUUAAGCUACCUUCCCAUGGAAGUCACAGACAACAAAGCGGCAGGUACGGUAGUCUUGGGUACGCCGUCUCCCCACACGCCUGCCGCUUUUACAAAGGAGCGUGUGUGGAGCUGAAACAGAUGGAGUUGUUCUAACCAAAUACAAAAACUAUGCCGAUGCACAACUUUUCAUCGUGGAACAAUGCGGAGACAUAGCGCGUCUGAGGGAAAUGUUUUAAUGCCUAUAUUUGUGUUGGAAUAAAACUAACUUCAUUGUGUUUGUAAAAAUGAAUCCUAAUAUAUACCUAUGUUGUGUAUAUUAUACAGAAAAUUGUGCAGCAAAAAAGUAGCCAGACUUUUUUAAGUGGAAGCUCAUAUACUGAGCAAGUUUGGUUUGUUACAUGAAGUAUUUUCCCAUAUUGUCAAAGCUCUGUUCUCAGUCUUAGGGUCUCAUUUUGUAUAUAUUCUGUGUAAUUAACAUCUGUUUGUUUGUUGUUGUCAGCAUACAGUAAAAUGAAAUGGCACCUUUCCAGAAAUAAGAACAUGUGCAGUAUUUGUGAUCAUUUGUUUGUUACUGGCCACAAACCUCCUGAACUAUGUGUGUCCUUAGUUUAUGACAUUAUAAGUUAUUGCUUUGUGUUACAUUCGCAACAGAACCAGCUGGCACUGUGUUUUAACGCGUAAAAUGAAGGAAGUGAUGGUUGAUACGUUUGUGGUCGUUACUGAGAAAAAUUUCCAAAUACAGUUGCGUUGCACAUCAUAGGUAAAUACAGAAACAUCUGCAAUGGAGGAUAAAAGAUUGAAUAUAUAUGUCACUUGUUGCAGUCAUAAUGGUGUGAGCACUGUUCUGUUUUUGACUGUGACGUUCACCAGUGAUGUGUUGAGUAAAGAUAUUCACAGUUCACAUUCAUUCAUGCCCCACAUCUCACAAUCUCACAAACCCCAUGUUCUAAUUUCCCCUUUGUAUAUAAAGUGUUUAUGAACAAACACUGAUAAUUGUUAUUGCUUGAGUGAAGAUGUAAAAAAAGAAAAAAACAACAAAAAAAGCUAUUCACUCUGUGUCUCUGCUCAGGGAUCUUAAGCAGUGAGUUAUUGCAGAAACUUGUUCACAGAGAGUUUACUAAAUUAAAGAUUUAUUUUUGAAAGUUGUUGUAUUUGUAUAAAUUAUCAAGAUUUGUAGCCUUUUUCUCCUUUUUGUAAUAUAAAAAUGAACAAUGUGCCAGAAUAGACCUUCUUUUUU